CGGAAUCUACCGUACCCCGCUCUGCCGUUGGGUCCAGCAGCACGGUUACGAAAACACCCGACUCGUACUCAUCUGACAGCUGAUAUACGUUGAGCGUCUUUUAACGUAAGCCACUUUAGCGUCUCUAGCAUGCCUCGGCUCGCGCGCGCAUGUUGCCGAGUCUCGCGCUGAGUCUCGCGCCGCUCGUGGAGGAGCGGUGUGAUGAGGCCGCGGAGGUGGGCUGAGCUCGCGCUGAUCGGCAGCAGAUCUCUCCUCCUCUCUCCGCCGGGGAAACAGCACGUGUGCAGCGGCAGCGGGCGACGCCACGGCACUCUCAUGGCCGAAGAAGCCAAAAAACUGGCAGCUUAUGCCGCCGUGGACAACCACAUACAGAAUAAUCAGGUGGUCGGGGUCGGCAGCGGCUCAACUAUCGUCUAUGCCGUGGACAGGCUGGCUGAGAGGGUCAGACAGGAGAAGCUGAAUAUUGUGUGUGUUCCCACGUCUUUUCAGGCCCGUCAGCUGAUUCUGCAGCACGGUCUCACUUUGUCUGAUUUAGACCGACAUCCCGAGCUGGACGUAGCGAUUGAUGGAGCUGAUGAGGUCGAUGCUGCUUUGACACUGAUUAAAGGAGGAGGAGGAUGCUUAACCCAGGAGAAGAUCGUAGCUGGUUGUGCCAAACACUUCAUUGUCAUUGCAGACUAUAGAAAGGACUCGAAGGCCCUGGGGCAGCAGUGGAAGAGAGGUGUGCCGGUGGAGGUCAUUCCCAUGGCAUAUGUGCCUGUGUCCAGAGCCAUUGCCCAGCGCUUUGGAGGAGAGGCUGUGCUGAGGAUGGCAGUCAGUAAAGCUGGUCCAGUGGUUACUGAUAACAGUAACUUCAUUGUUGAUUGGAAGUUUGAGCAUGCGCAGAACUGGAAGGAAGUCAAUAUGGCCAUCAAGAUGAUCCCAGGUGUGGUUGAGACAGGUUUGUUUGUGGGGAUGGCUGAGCGGGUGUACUUCGGUAUGGAGGACGGCAGUGUCAAGACUAGAGACCCUCCUGUCAACUAAAAUCUUCCUCUGCUAUUGCAAUAGACCAGCCUGCACACCUCAAGUGCCGUUCAAAUACAGACUCUGGCAGCUCUUUCCCUACAGGUUAGCUUAUUUUCUGUUGCAGAAACCGUUAGAUGUCUGAUCAGUACCUCUCAUGCUGCUGUGCACAUGAAAUAUGGAUUUUUACACAACAGCGCAACAUUAGAUCUUCAGUCCCUUCAGAUACCCAUUUUUCUUUGUCUGGACAUUUCUGCUUGUGUUGGGCUGGAGCCUACGGAGACUGUCCAUACGGUACAUCCACGGUGUCAAUUUGCCUUUCUCUGCUUCUUUACGUAUCUUACGAAUGUUCUCUGUACAAAUGUAUGAACAUUGUGGCUUGCUUCUGUGCCUCCAAUAAUGUAUAUUUUUUUCAUAAAGCGUAGUUGCUAGCCUUACGCAUGCACGCAGCUUUUGGGAAAAUCUCAGUCAGGUCCCAUUGCAUCAUUAGCGUAGCGUCUGUGAGAUUGUGCUAUCGUUUUGAAUCUGUUUUGUUGAUUGUGACAGAUUUCCUCAGACGCUCCAACUUGAAACCUCAAGCGAAAUGAGUGGCCUUUGCUAGCACACAGCGGUUAGUUUAGUUCAGUGAUCAAUCAUUUAAGAGGAUUCUGCCCCUGGAAAAAAUACACCAUUUGAAGUUGUGAAAUGCCACUCGGCUUUUGAUAUUGAUUUUGUUUUCGUAUAAUUUUUCGAUGUGCCUGUGGCCACGAACGCAGUGUUGUUGAGGGAUGAAAGCAGCAGUGAGUUGGUGGCACAGCUGAAAGCCUUAUCUUCCGUACAUGUAUUGAUCUUUCAAUUCUGUUAAUGAAAACUCUUCACAGAGGUCACUGUGAUUUUUGAGUAUGGUACUGCUUAAAAAUACCAGCAUGUGUUUUACUCUACCAAUUUUACUGUGAUGCUGACGUUUUCUGAUGGUAUGUUCUAGACUGAAAAUCAAUAUUAAAACUGGACCAAUCAAC